UUCUUCCGUUUCCGUUUGACUGCGGUGCUUCCUUUUCUGCCCGCUAACCUCGGAGAGAACACGCGUUCGCCUGUAUAGCUCAAGAUGCGUUACGUUGCUGCUUACCUGCUCGCUGCCCUGAGUGGCAAUGACAACCCUGAGGCCAAGGACAUCAAGAAGAUCCUGGACAGUGUUGGCAUUGAGGCCGAUGGCACACGCUUGGACAAGGUCAUCGCUGAGCUCAAGGGCAAGAAUGUGAAUGACGUGAUUGCAACAGGCUACAGUAAGCUGGCCAGCAUGCCAGCAGGUGGCGCCGUGGCCGUUGCCAGCUCUGCAGCUGGUGGCUCAGGUGGAGCCGCAGCUCCUGCUGCAGCAGCUGAAGAGAAGAAGGAAGAGAAGAAAGAAGAGUCUGAGGAGUCCGAUGACGACAUGGGAUUCGGUCUCUUCGACUAAAUCUUUCCUAAUAAUAAAGUUUCUAAAAAAGAAAA